GGGUUUGUGGGAGUAGGGGUUGGUGGGUGGAAAGAGUUUGGCUGUAGUCUUCUGCAUUUCACACAUUCUGUAUUUUGUUCUCUCUCCCUCUCUCUCUUUCUGUCUCUCUCUCUCUGUCUCUCUCUCUCUCUCUCUCUCUCUCUCUGUCUCACACACACACACACACACGCACACACACACAAACACACACAGUCACUCACACACACUCACACACGAGCACACCCGGGUCCCUUUCGGUGUGUCUUCCUUCAAGAUGACAGGGCGCUGGAGAAAAGGCUGCUGGAAUCAGCUGGUGAAAGCCCAACCUCUGUGGUUCUUAAUGCCUCAGCAGGAUUAUUUUCACUAAAGAUGGAAACACUGGAGUCUGAAUUGACCUGUCCAAUCUGCCUCGAGUUGUUUGAAGACCCCCUUCUGCUCCCUUGUGCUCAUAGCCUCUGCUUCAGCUGCGCCCACCGCAUCUUGGUCUCCAGCUGCAGCUCUGGUGAAUCCAUUGAACCCAUUACCGCUUUCCAGUGUCCCACGUGCAGGUAUGUUAUCUCGCUGAACCACCGGGGCCUGGAUGGCCUCAAGAGGAAUGUGACCCUGCAGAACAUUAUUGACCGCUUCCAGAAGGCUUCAGUCAGUGGGCCCAAUUCCCCAAGUGAGAGCCGCCGGGAGAGGACUUACAGGCCCAGCACCACCAUGUCUAGUGAGCGAAUUGCUUGCCAGUUCUGUGAGCAGGACCCGCCAAGGGAUGCAGUGAAAACCUGCAUCACCUGUGAGGUCUCCUACUGUGACCGUUGCCUGCGGGCCACACACCCCAACAAGAAACCUUUCACCAGCCACCGCCUGGUAGAACCAGUGCCAGACACACAUCUUCGAGGGAUCACCUGCCUGGACCAUGAGAAUGAGAAAGUGAACAUGUAUUGUGUAUCUGAUGACCAAUUGAUCUGUGCCUUAUGCAAACUGGUGGGGCGUCACCGAGACCAUCAGGUUGCAUCCCUGAAUGAUCGAUUUGAGAAACUCAAGCAAACUUUGGAAAUGAACCUCACCAACCUGGUUAAGCGCAACAGUGAACUAGAAAACCAGAUGGCCAAACUAAUACAGAUCUGCCAGCAGGUUGAGGUGAAUACUGCUAUGCAUGAGGCAAAACUUAUGGAAGAAUGUGACGAGUUGGUAGAGAUCAUCCAGCAGAGGAAGCAAAUGAUUGCUGUCAAAAUCAAAGAGACAAAGGUUAUGAAACUGAGAAAGUUGGCACAGCAAGUUGCUAAUUGCCGCCAGUGUCUUGAACGUUCAACGGUCCUCAUCAACCAAGCUGAACAUAUCCUGAAAGAAAAUGACCAGGCACGGUUUCUCCAGUCUGCAAAAAAUAUUGCUGAGCGGGUGGCUAUGGCAACUGCAUCUUCUCAAGUUUUGAUUCCAGACAUCAAUUUUAAUGAUGCCUUUGAAAACUUUGCUUUAGAUUUUUCCAGAGAAAAGAAACUUCUGGAGGGGCUAGAUUAUUUAACAGCCCCAAACCCACCAUCUAUCCGAGAGGAACUCUGUACUGCCUCCCAUGACACCAUUACAGUCCACUGGAUCUCGGAUGAUGAGUUCAGCAUCAGCUCCUAUGAGCUUCAGUACACCAUAUUCACUGGCCAGGCUAACUUCAUCAGUAAGUCAUGGUGUAGUUGGGGCCUGUGGCCAGAGAUAAGGAAAUGUAAGGAAGCAGUAAGCUGCUCAAGAUUGGCCGGGGCUCCACGAGGCCUGUAUAAUUCAGUGGAUAGCUGGAUGAUUGUGCCCAACAUUAAACAGAACCAUUACACAGUUCAUGGACUGCAGAGUGGGACGCGCUACAUCUUCAUUGUUAAAGCCAUAAACCAAGCAGGCAGCCGGAACAGUGAACCUACCCGACUAAAAACAAACAGCCAACCCUUUAAACUGGAUCCCAAAAUGACUCACAAGAAGUUGAAGAUCUCUAAUGAUGGAUUGCAGAUGGAGAAGGAUGAGAGCUCUCUGAAAAAGAGUCAUACCCCAGAGAGGUUUAGUGGCACAGGGUGUUAUGGGGCAGCAGGAAAUAUAUUCAUUGACAGUGGCUGCCACUACUGGGAAGUGGUCAUGGGUUCCUCGACAUGGUAUGCAGUUGGUAUUGCCUACAAAUCAGCUCCCAAGAAUGAGUGGAUUGGCAAGAAUGCCUCCUCUUGGGUCUUCUCUCGAUGCAACAGUAACUUCGUCGUAAGACAUAACAACAAGGAAAUGCUGGUGGAUGUGCCCCCGCAGUUGAAACGCCUGGGUGUCCUUCUGGAUUAUGACAACAACAUGCUGUCUUUCUAUGACCCAGCUAACUCUCUCCAUCUUCAUACUUUUGAUGUGACCUUCAUUCUUCCAGUUUGUCCAACAUUCACAAUCUGGAACAAAUCCCUAAUGAUCCUGUCUGGCUUGCCUGCCCCAGAUUUUAUUGAUUACCCUGAGCGGCAGGAAUGCAACUGCAGGCCUCAAGAAUCCCCUUAUGUUUCUGGGAUGAAAGCUUGCCAUUAAGUUUCAAGAGAGCAUAGAAUUCACUGGCUCUCCAGUUCAGCAGUUCUUCCCUCCUAAACUUCAGUUAGUGUUCAAUAUAUGAGAUACAAAAUAAAGUUUAUUUGAAGCAUCCAAAAUAA